GAAGCGCAAAAAUCUCAUCAGUUUUGGUGCGCGAUUGAAAGGAUGUAGUCCAGGUCUGUGGCUGUCUGUCCCCGGCAUGGGAAAGUGGAUUACGGCUCUUCUAAAGACGUGAGGACCGCGGAAGAGACUGGAUACGGAGUGAUUGCGCGUGGAUAUUUUAUUUAUUUUUUUAUAAUGAGAAGUAUGGGAUGUGAACGCACCGGUUUAAAGCCCUUACUGGGAGUGAAUAAGAUGCCGUGUCGAGGCUAGAGGCAGCGGUGGACUGUUCCAGACUCAGUGGAAAGCCCCUCUAGAUGAGCCAGUCACAGCCACCCAGCUGCACGGUAAAGGAAUAAGGAUUUAAUAUGUCAACAGAGACCGAGCUCCAGCCUGCUGCCAGACCCAGCAUCAGAAAGGAUUCCAAGAGGAGAGGGCAGGAUCGCAGUGAGGCCGUUCUGAUAAAGCGCUUUAAGGGGGAUGGUGUUCGCUACAAGGCCAAGCUCAUUGGGAUAGAUGAGGUCACUGCUGCAAGAGGAGACAAGCUGUGUCAGGACUCAAUGAUGAAACUCAAGGGAAUUGCAGCCUCUGCACGGUCUAAAGGGGAACACAAACAGAAAGUUUUUCUCACCGUGUCCUUUGGAGGGAUCAAGAUCUUCGAUGAGAAGUCAGGGGUUCUUCAGCACCAUCAUGCAGUCCAUGAGAUUUCCUACAUCGCCAAGGAUAUCACGGAUCACCGAGCCUUUGGUUAUGUGUGUGGAAAAGAGGGAAACCACCGAUUUGUGGCCAUCAAAACUGCUCAGUCUGCUGAGCCGGUGAUCCUUGACCUUCGUGACCUUUUCCAGUUGAUUUAUGAGAUUAAGCAGAGGGAGGAGAUUGAGAAGAAAGCUCAGAAGGACAAGCAGUGUGAACAAGCUGUUUAUCAGACUAUUUUGGAGGAAGACGUGGAGGAUCCUGUGUAUCAGUACAUUGUAUUUGAGGCAGGACACGAGCCCAUCCGUGACCAAUCAGAGGAGAGCAUAUAUCAGGUCCCUACCAGCCAACAAAAGGAGGGAGUUUAUGACGUCCCAAAGCGACAUCCAAAUAUCAACCAGUUAGAGCUUUUUGGAGACAUGUCCACCCCUCCUGAUAUCACCUCCCCGUCUACCCCAGCAUCUCCGGCUAGCACACUGGGUCCUACAAUGGCCCACCAGCCUGAACUGUUCACCCCCUUCAACCCUGCCUCUGUGCCCUCAGGUUAUGUGACGAUGGGAGCCGUGACGCCAUCGUGGGCACGGCAACAAUUUGCUGCUCAGGCUCCAUUAGCGUUUGGCGUACAGUCCCCAGUGCAAGUUGCCCAGGUCUUACCGGGUGCUCAGCCUUUGAUCUGGGGCCAAGCCAACCUUUUCCCUGCCACUCAGCAACAGUGGGCAGCAAUGGCAGGGGCCCACUUUUCGCCUGCCGCUUUCAUUCCUGCCCAGACAGUUGGACCGCUUCCAGCUGCCAUGUUUCAGACACUGGCCCCGAUGGCAGUGCCUGCGUCUUGCGAGAUGCCCACAGCAGCCAUGGGUGGAGCCGUACUGGGCUCCUCCGCAUCCACGGCAUCCAGUCCGCAGCAUGGUGAGCGCACACUUCAGAGACAGGCAAAAACGAGCAAGGAGAUGUUUAAGGACUUCCAAAUGGAAAAGCCGUCAGCAAUGCCUGCAAGGAAGAGUGAGCAACCUAGCCUAUCCUGCACCACAGAAUCUUUCUCCAGUUACUUCAGCAAAGUAGGAAUGGUGCAAGACACUGACGAUUGCGAUGACUUUGACAUCUCGCAGAUGAACCUUACACCGGUCACCUCAACCACACCCUCCACCAACUCACCACCCACCCCAGCCCCUCGGCAGAGUUCUCCAUCAAAGUCCUCAUCCCAUGCCAGUGACCCGCCCACCGAUGACUCUUUCGGUGAGGCAGAGGGCAGCCCUAGCCGGAGUGGAGAGGAGGACGCUGCUGGAGACUCCCAGCAGUCUCUGGGGGAGAGCGAGUCUCGAGCAGAGCCCGAGAGCUCAGAGACGGACAGUCCUCAGGUCGGUAGCUAGAUAGCGGCAGGUUGGGGGGAAGGACCCUCUUUAUGCCCAGAUCAACAAAGGGAAGAAGUGAAGGAUUAUGGGAACUUUGCACAGAUGUGAUCAUCGCUGGGGGAGCAGGAGACCAAGACACUGGAUUCUGAGUUUGAUUCCCUGCCCUGUGUGUGUGUGUGUGUGUGUGUGUGUGUGUGUGUGUGUGUGUGUGUGUGUGUGUGUAGUUAGCAAGUGCAUCUAUCUGUAUGUGUGUGAGAGCAAGUGAACACAUCUACUUGUCUAUGAGUGUAUGAGAAUUUGUGCUUGUUUGCUGUGACUCCAGCCUCAAUGGUCCUCUUCUCCCAGAAUCAGCUCAAUGCAGUGAGGCCCAACACAGCCUUCACACAGCCCUGUCCCCCUCUCCCCAGACCAACACAACUUCCUCUUUUUCUCCCCACCUGGAACUUGACAGGCAGACUCUUUGUGUUUCUCUCUUGUUCUUUUUCACUAUGUUUACUGCACAUGGACUGACAGCGGGGCAUCGGCCAACGUAAUAACACUACUCACAGCCUUAUGAGCUCAGCUCUGCAGUCUCUCUCUCUCUCUCUCUCUCUCUCUCUCUCUCUCUCUCUCUCUCUCUCUUCCAAUCACUGUCUUCGUCCUGCUUUCUGUCUCUGCUAAUUUAGAGACCAUGUGGUGUGGGAAACUCUUCAGAGUUGCCUGUCGGUCCCCUGUUCACACAUGUACUUGUGCACACAUGCUAAAGAGAGUUGGGGAAAUCACCAUUUCACAAUCCAGCACCAUGCAGAUCAGACCACAGUAAUCAAUCACGAGGUAGUCCAAGUGGAUCCGUCUGUGAUAUAUGUGAUUCAUCCAUUUGGGCUUGUUUGGUAUUCCUCUCCCAUAUAUUUGAGAUUCUGCUGCUAGAAAGCUAUGCAGAGAUAAAAACACAAACUGUAACUUUCUGUGUACCCUUCAGACAGAGAACCGACACAAGGAGCAACUUUUGCCAAAUCCCUUUCACUGGACAGACUUCAGAGCAGCUUAAUUGGAUUUGGGAAGGGGCGCUUGGAGGGUACGAACAUUGCAAAAACAAACUGGAAUCUGUGAUUGAACUGUUCCUUCUCUAUAGCUUUUGUACACUACUAAUGAAAAAAAAAAACAUGACAUUGACAUUGACAUUUUAUAAGUCAGUGGAGCCCUUGAAGUCAACUUUAGAUGUGCUUUAGGGGUAAACAUGGCUUGAAAGUCUGAUCAUUGGUUUGCCAAACUCAUUUUGUAAAUAAUGAUAAUUAUUAUUAUGAAUAAUAAUGAUGACAGUGACGACAAUGUCUACAAAUAAUAACAAUGAAUAAUGAAUAAUGGUUCCAAUUUUAACAGUGUUCAUUCCAUCCUACAGACUUCCGUGCCAUAAAAUAGGCUGGCCUUAGUGGUGCAAACUCCUCAUGAAACCCAAGCAAUAUUAACAUUUGUGUCCCAAACUCCUAAACGGUUUAAGUUGCCGUCUCACAGUCACAAGCAUGUUGUCAGUCUUUUGAAUGCAGCAGGAUAUGGAGACUGGAGUCAUUUUAAAGUGGCCCGAGACAAACAUGUGAGACUUAUUGUUUUUAAUAUGAUUAAAAUGGCCCAGUGUUAAGUAGAUGGUGUCAUAUCUAUGUGCCGUCUGGUUGUACAUUUGUCCUGAUCUCUUUUGGUUUGUUAUCAAGAGAAAGUUGGUAACUGUGAUGGAGCAAGACCAGGGUAUCUCAGUGUUCAUGCUAAUGCAGCUAUAAUAAAAAUACGCAUGCACACAAAUACAAAUUCAUACACUUCAACACACACAAAUUCACUCACAGAGACAUUAAAGUCAACAUGAGAUCAAAAUGAACCCUAUAUACUUUCUUGUUACAUGUUUCUGGUCAUAUUGUGCAUGAUUCAUCAGUGCACAUUAUUCCAAAGAAACAUAUUUUUUUGUCUUCGUUUAUCUUUUGUUUUGAUCUGAUCAAUUGUCUCAGCCUCUGAAACAACUUUGCUUUUUUAGGACACGUCACUUUGGUUUAUUAUUCAAAUUGGUUAAUGUUAAUCAAUAGUUUGAUAACCAUGCAGACAUUUAUUUAGGCUACUGUUGAAAGUAAUGCAGCCUUUUUAAAAUGUAGCCUAUAGUUAAUGCAGUAAUUUAAUACUGGUUAACAUUAAUGUAAUAAAGGUUACGGUACUAAUAUAAAAUAAUGAUGGGUUUGAAAAUGAACCAUUACCAUUGGGAUAUGUUGAGAUGCCACGAACAACUGCAAAUUUCAAGACUACAUAAUGGGAUAAAACACUCACAUUUCACGAUCCAACCAAUUUCCUUUGGAUACGAUCAAGUUCCACCCUACAUUCUUUAAUUGUUGAAUAUUCUGUUUCUCUCAGAUAUACGUCACAUUACAGAUGUAAAAUGGGUUAUGAUUGACAUUUCAUGUUGAAUUUAAGGCCUUCUGAUUCCAAAUUAAAACACAGUUGAAUACCAGAAUAUCUGUCUGUAAUCCAACCUUCAAUUAGAGAUUAUCACCAUCAUUAAUGGCACCUGUUUUCAUUGCAUCUGUAGACAUCAGAGCAUUUCAUAAAUGUGAUGACUUCCUCCUAUUUUAUGGCCAGAGUCCUAUUUUAAUUUGACUUUACCUCAGCUAAUGAUUCGGUGAUGUAAAAGGACACAUUAUUUUUAUCUUGAUGAUAACAAUAUUCUACAGUGGAUUUAAAGAGGGUUUUUUUUUUCUCUUGAUUUAUAUAACCCACCAUGUAAUACUGUUACCAAUAAACA